ACUGGUUUUACCAAUGGAAAACGCUAUCAUCAAGUCAAGAUCAUACAGAAAACAUAUCUAUGGUAUAGUAAAAGUUGAAAUUUGAAAUACAAAAGUUUGAAAUCUAAUUGCUUAAAAAUUUCAAUUUCAAAAUGAAACUGGUUAGGUUUCUCAUGAAAUUGAGCCACGAAACGGUCACAAUGGAACUUAAGAACGGCACUCAAAUCCAUGGCACCAUAACUGGAGUGGAUGUUGCAAUGAAUACACAUUUAAAAGCCGUUAAGAUGACUGUUAAAAAUCGCAAUCCCAUAACUCUGGACACACUCACAGUUAGAGGAAACAAUAUUAGAUAUUACAUAUUGCCAGAUAGUUUACCUUUGGAAACUUUAUUGAUAGAUGACACUCCUAAAGCUAAAGCCAAAAAGAAGGAAUCGGCAAGAGGGGCUGCAAGAGGUCGAGGUAGGGGUCGUGGACGUGGUGGGCCAAGAGGAAGAGGUAGAGGAAGAGGUCGUAGAUAGAUAUCGAGUGAAAAUGUGUUCAGCUUCCAUAAUAACUUUGGAUGGCAUUUCUGCAGUGAAGCUAUGUAACAUUUUUCUUAUUGAAGUUUUGGACAUGUAAUUAAGCCUUAUUUUUUCUAAUAAUUGAUUUGACAAUAGUACCUCGGAACAAUCUGAAAAGAAAAGUUCUUUGUAAAUAUUUCUUUCAACAGGUUUGCGCUGGUUUGAUGAAAAAAUUAUUGGAUUUCCAUAUUUUUGUCCGCUGGUUACAAAUCCGAUUUGCUUUCUGAAAUACGGCCAUUCAAAAGUAAAAAUUGUCAAAAAAUCAACUAUUUCAGGAACUCAUUUCUGGUACUAGAAUCUCCAAAAUAUCACCUUUCUCAUGAUUGUGUGCUGUGGACCUUUAUUCACAAAGUAUUUCUUCAAAAUUACCCUUUUUUGGAGUAGGGCUGUACAUGAUUUCUGUACUUCACUAUAGUGAAGUACAGUGUUAACUUCUGGAUGAUAAUUCGUUGUCAGUUCAGUUUCCUUUUAAGUAAAAGACCAAUAGACACUUGGAAUUAAUUAUAGAAAGCAUAUUCUAAGUGGUUGCAUGAUCUUUUUGAUAACUGAAUAAAUUCAACAUCAGAUUCAUUUCUAGCUUAAUUUUUGUAAUAAUGCUAAAAAAAAAUAAUUAAUAUCAUUGUUCUGAUAGAAAUUGAAAGUUUUGUGUGCAAAAAAUGGGAGUGACAAGUAAAUAAAGCUCUGCAGCAUGAAAAGGUGUCAUUCUACAAGAUUUUAGUACUGAAAGGGAAUUCCUGAAAUAACUUGAUUUUUCGAUUCUUUUGAGUGCCAGAUUUCUAAAUGUGGAUUGAAACGCCAACUUUUGGCUUCAAAUUCAUGUUUACUGGAAAAACGUAACUCAAACUUUAAAAUAUUGUAAAAACUAACCUGAGUUGUUAAAAUGAAUAUUUACAAUAAUUCUUCUUAAAGUGUAAAUGAACUAUUUGUCAAGAACACUUUUGAAUGUUUUUAUAUCGAAUGAAGAUUGUCUGGAUAUGAUGUAAUGAAUAAAUUUUCUAAAAUAUUAGCUGUAGCUAAAAACAAAAUACAUCAGAAUUAUAAUCAUUUAUUUCA